GCGUAACUUGCGGAGAAGAUGUUUUGAAAUAGUCGUACAUUUGUGUCACUUGUAGAGCGCGAAGAUAUAGGUGUGUUACGUAUAAAGCGGUUAUGUUAUUACGAGCAUUAGUAGGUGUUAUUAUCCCCCCAUAUCAUAGCAAUGGCGUGUGUUGUUAGGUUUCUGUGUGUGUUAUAUGUAUAACCUUAACUGGUUUUAUGUUGGGUUGUAUAUAUUGCUGAGUUUUUAAUAAUUUAUGCUUAUAUUAAUAUAAAAUGUGCCGGUAGACAUCGUAUCUCUGCCCAACUUUCGUAAAUGCCUUUUUAAUAUUUUAUGUUAUUUUCGUAACCUUAAAUGUCACGUUGCAUAUGAUUUGUUUAUGUCAUGUAUUAUUGUUUGUAACGAAAGUCAUUUCAGGAUUUCGGUACGUUUGUUGUUGUGUAUGUAUGAGUGAAUGGUUAUGUUGCUUCUGAGUGAAUGGUUAUACCAUUAGGCUAGCGAUGACAGAGCAGGUACUAAAAAUAAUAAGCAAGCCGAACGUCAGGUGUAAUGUCAGCUGUUCUUCUAAGACACAAUUAAGCUGGAGUUACUGUGCAUUACGAGAAAACGAGGAAUACACUGCAGUGGUCCCUGCAAUUCAUCUGCCUGCAGAAAUAUGCUGCUCCAAAAUAUUGUCUGGUUUUCUUUCUGAACGCCAACAGCCGAAAGAAAUGGGGGACUCCGUUUUACAAGUGUCCGACUGCUCCACAUGGCCAGCAGCAGGGCAGUUGCAGCUCAAAGAGAGAUCAACUGUACAAAUGCCGCCGAUCUUCAGCGAGGCUUCCUAAUGCUGUUCGGUGAGUGUCCUAAUAUUAUUACUGUUUGUAAAACGAUUAUCAGC